AUGGCGUACACAAAAACCAACAAAGUACGCUUGGUUAGCACAAGAAUGCAUCAAAAAAAUGCUCCAGGAGAUGAAAUAUCCUUAGUGCAAGAAAAUUUAGACAUAAUAUUAUCUUACAAUUAUAUUCUGUUUGAAAAUCAAUAUUAUGUCCAGAAAAAGGGAGUAGCUAUGGGUUCACCAUGUGGUUCAAGUUACCCAAUAAUGUCCAGAUGCUAUGUUGACCGUAGCAACUUUGUUCUUCAGGUUCCUAAAUCAGUGUGCAGCGAACUGUGUGCCAUCGGCUUUAGAAAAGCUGCCCAAGUUGGGCAGCCAGCGUGUUGCUUUGACUGCGUCCCAUGUUCCAAAGGGGAGAUUUCAAAUAAAACAGAUGCCAGCAACUGCAUUAUAUGUCCCGAAGAACUUUGGUCAAAUGAGAAAAGAGACAAAUGUGUUCCAAAAAUCAUAGACUAUUUGUCCUUUAAUGACCCCUUGGGUUCAAUCUUAACCAUACUAGCAAGCGCAUUCUCCUUGAUUUCAGCUUCGUUCCUCUGCAUUUUUGUAAAGUUUCAGGACUCUCCAAUAGUUAAAGCUAAUAACCGAGAACUUAGCUACCUUUUGCUGUGUGGUCUUAUACUGUGCUUCAUCUGUCCUAUUAUAUUCAUAGGGAAGCCCCAGUAUCUCAGCUGCAUACUGCGUCAGACUGCAUUUGGUGUGAUAUUUUCUAUUUGUGUUUCAUCUCUUCAGGCCAAAACUGUAAUUGUGGUCAUAGCAUUUAAAGCAACACGUCCAACUAGUACGCUGAGACUGUGGGUAGGCUCAAGGUGGAUUCCAUACUCCAUUGUCACAUUUAGUGCUAUUACACAACUUAUUAUAUGUGUAGUUUGGAUAGCUGUUGCCACUCCAUUUCCACAGAAGAAUAUUAACUCUGAACUCGGUAAAAUAAUAUUUGAGUGCAAUGAAGGCUCUACUGUCAUGCUAUACUGCAUGCUUUGUUAUUUGGGACUUUUAGCUACAGUCUGCUUUAUAAUAGCUUUCUUAGCAAAAAAUUUACCAGAUUCCUUUAAUGAGGCUAAGCAUAUUACAUUCAGUAUGGUUGUUUUUAUCAGUGUAUGGCUUUCUUUCAUUCCAGCAUAUGUGAGCACUAGAGGAAAAUAUGUUGUUGUUGUAGAAAUUUUUACAAUCUUGGCUUCCAGUGCUGGAUUGUUAUUCUGCAUAUUUAUACCAAAAAUGUAUAUAAUUUUACUAAGGCCAGAUUUGAACACCAGAGAAAAAUUAACAGGCAAAUAA